AUCCUGUAAAACCUGAAUUUCCGAUGCGUCCAUGAACGCAGCUUUGAGGGGAGUGUGUUGCAUGUGUGUUGUUUCAGACAUCGCUGCAGCUUCUCAUUCAUAACUUCAGGAGUUGCUGUCUCAAACAUAACGACAUCAAACUUCACUAACAUCUCUCCAAGCAGCGGACUGGCCGGUUUGUGCUCCGGUCUUUGAAUGAGAAGAUGUCACAGCGAAGCAGAUGAUGUCGGGGUUUCCUUUGCAAAGAAGUCAACUAAGAGUCUUUUUGGAUCCAGUUUCUGAGACAUUCAGGACACAAAGUGUAUUUUGACGACUCAAAUGUCAACUUUCGCGGUUGGAUGUCAACAUGGACGACACUGAUGACUACAUCUGGCAGCGCCGCAUCCGCCAUGGGGUUAGAAAUCAGAAAAGUGCAGUUCCAUUCCCAUUGUCUGUUGAAAUUGGGUUGGAGUUCAAUGCAGCAUUGGAAAAGAAAGAAAAGUUAGAUCUGUCUCUGCUGACCAACGGUGUGAUGCUGGAGCUUUGUGACUUUGCCAAAAUGGUGACAAAGUCCGAGUUGUAUUUCUUGUUCGAAAUGCUAGAGUUCAACUUUGACCUUGGCGUGGACUUGGACAAUGAAUGGCACUGCUAUGAAUAUGCAAAACGAGUGCACGGUAAAAUAAAGCAAGUGAGGGAACAACUCAAGUUCAAACCUCAUAGAUGGAAAGAAACAUUUGGACUACCAGACCAAAACACUAUAAAGAAGUUAAUUGAUGCAGAGCAGUUGGGAAGCUCUUACCCUAAAAGGAACAAACUUGUGGAUAUUUCAGUCCUCACUGAUAGUAGCAAGAACGCACAGUCUUCAGGAAAUCAGAAGGCAGAGAGUAACAGAGCUGAGAGCGGUGUCCCUAUUACACAGAAAGUAGGACGAGGCAUGUUAAAACUAACAGGUGAUGUUUACCCUUUCUGUAGAAAACUUGGUGUGAAUAUGACUUUUCAACCAGAUGAUGAACCCAGACAGAAACUAGACCCAAAUCUGGUCACCAUUGGUGUGAUGAUGGAACUAUUUAACUUUUCUAUAGUGCUUUGUGGAACACACAAUACCAUAGUUUUUGACUUGGUCAAGCACAACUUUGGUCAUGAUUUGGAUAGAACGCACUUCUGUAUGCAGCUGACCAAGCUGGUGGAGCGAAGAUAUGCCUGCCAAACAGCCAAGGAUAGAGAAGCUUUACGAAAGAAGCCUUUUCAAGUUUGCAUCCAGAAACCUCAUCAGAAUCGUAUAAAGAGAAAAACACCUGAAGUGGAUGACCAAGAACUGGACACACUAACAAUGACCAAUAAGAGAAGGGAAACACUGAGGGACAAGAACAAAAACAUUAAAGAAAUUUUGUAUGAUAGUGACCUGUCGUACAUGUGUCCAGUUGAUUUUGAGACAGAAAUGGAGUCAGGCACAGAGGCAGGACCUGAAGAAACUAAAUCUGAUAGUUUGUCAGGAACAGCUGCUUUAGAAAUAAACUCAGCAGUGUCUCUGGAUGUAAAGCAGGAAGAGGAGGAAGUUUUUGUAUCCCCAGUGCUGCCUCAGACUAAUGGCCACAACUCUAGUUUAUACAACUCUCAUCCGAAGAACAAAAUUGAGUCAGUGGCAGGUCUGUUUUUUGAAGUUAAAAAUGACCACAUGAAUGUGAAAACGCUAAAACAGAAGGUGUGGAUGAGACGUGCUACUCGCUCAAGACAAAUCCUGAAGUCCGUUAGAGUGAACGACAUUUUCGCCCACUGUAGAGAGAUAGCUUUAGACUUCAACGUUGGUUCGGGCAACAAACAGAAAGUGGAUCUACAACUACUCACCAACUGUGUGUUGCUUGAAAUAUAUAGAUUUGCAACUGCGAUGACGAGGAGUUUACGCAGUUCCUUGUUUGACAUUCUAGACAACAACUUUAAUGUUGUCCUUCAAGAUGAGCUGCAUCAGCGCAAUUUUUUAUUUUACAUCAUGGUCCAAGAGAAGAACCUUCAGAACCACCCCGAUAAACAGAAUAUGGAGUUUCUCAGCAGCCCCUUUCGGUUCCCUGAAGUCUACAGCAAUGAUUUUCAAACCGGAAAAGAUGCUGAGACAGAGCAGCAGGCAGACUGGGAUUCACCCGCCUUGGCUACAAGCCAGCAGGUAGAUACAGAGCUAUACCCGUUCUGUAACAAGUUAGGCCUCAACCUUUGGUUGACAGGAGAACGUCCGGUGAACGAAAAGCUUGAUUUGACCGCUCUGACCACGGGUGCCGUGCUUGAAAUAUUCAGCUUUAUCCGGCAGCUGUGUGGAGAAGUCCGAGAGAUAGUUAAUGACAUCCUCGAGCACAAUUUUGAUCUAGAUCUUCAAAGUGGUGUCACCAUGGCCGCGCAGGUGAUCCAGAGUUGGUACACGACACAAAAAAGCGUGAUGAAAAGGCACAACUCAUCAAUAAAGAUAAACAGGUGGUUAAACAAGGUUGUCCCAUUGAAGCGUGACUCAAAGCUGAGCAAGGACAUGAGGGCUUUCAAUGGCAACAUGCAACAGGUGAAAAGCUAUAAUAUUUGCAAAGAAAUAGGAUUGGACCUGAACAUCCGCUCAAAAUCAAAGGCCAAAACAAAACUUAAUUUAAAAUUGCUGACAAGAGGAGUCCUUUUCGAGUUGCACCAGUAUGUCAGACAGAACUGCCAGCGAUAUGUUCCCACUCUGUACGAGAUCCUGGAGUACAACUUCGAUCUGAGCUCUCAGAACCAUCGGAAGGUGGAGUUUGCCUGGUCCAUUGCAUCUCAGGUGUUAGCCAUGACAGGAAAAAACAACAGAAAGGAAGAUUAUCUGAACAAAGUGUUUGAGUUGCCCUUCGAGGACUCUGAGCCCUCACAGGUCGUCUGCAAAGAGGAGCCGGAGGACAACUUUGGGGAGCUGGACCUUAAUGAUAACUCGGACAUCAUGUUUGUCCGAGAACUGAAGCCUGUUGACAUAGAAGUCACUGUUGAAUAGAGUUGUAGCUCCUGUUUUCAUUGUUGACAACCAUCAAUCAACAUUGUUGAUUGAGGCUCAUAAUCAUUAUUUGAUCAAAUAAUUAAAGUGUUUGGUCUGUAAAAUACCUGAAAAUAUUUCCUAAAAUCCAAGGUGACGUCUUCAACCAGCAGUCUAAAGCCUAAAGAAAUCCAGUUUACUGUGUGACCAUAGGAUCUGGUUGUGUCUCAUGAAUACACCUGUUUUAUCAUCACCAGUCACGGCAUAAUCUUCUAUACUUGAAUAAUGAAUACCUCAAAUGAUGGCAAACUACUGAUCAACUAAACAGCAGCUGUAACGAAAGGCAUAAAACUUGUUUGGGGUGAGAAAAACUUGCGUUUGUUUAAGGCCAAAACGUUUGCAUUUUUCACAUUUAUUUUACCAGCUUAAUGUGGGUAUAAUCUGUCCAGGAAGUACAGAUAGACAGCAUGUGCUAGCACAGUAAUUAAACACACAAAGUACAUGAAGUACAGCCAUAUCUAUUACAGCUAAACGAGUUGCAGUUAUGCUCGUAAAACAUGAAAAAUGUCAGCAAAAAAGGUGAACUGUGUUGCUCUGGUCUUUUUAAUUUCUUCCUCAGUGCCUCAAACCACUCGCCUUUCUAUUAUCAUUCAACACAAAACAUCUGCAGUCGUUAAAAUGUUUUUAAAAAAAAAACUAAUGAGGGCAGUGUGUUCGAUUACAUGUUGAUCUACAGAUAUGGACCAAAAACAACUUUUUCAGAAACGUUCACUUUAUGUGACGAGGUCAAAAGGUUGACGUGUCUUUGUUUUGUGAAUGCAUUAUGUGAAUAGAUGAAUGCUGCUAAACAUCAUUUUGUGACGAAUACAUGUUUUUUCUAUUCAAUCAAUAUGGAUGGCUUGAAUUUUUUUAAUCAUUCUGUUUUGUUGUUGUUUUCAAUUUCUAUUGCAAAUUAAAGUGUCUUUAAUCGUU